AUGAACUUCCGCUCGAUUAAUCACGCCGCUGGACCUAAUAGUAAUAGUCGAGGUAAUAAUAAUUCCGACGAUAAUCAAGGGAUGGAAAAUUCGGGUGCAAGCAGAAGUACAACCAUUCGUCUAGCCAUAUUGAUGAAGGGUCCGAGAACACUAAAAUUACUAUGGGACGAAUAUGAAUUUGAAUUUAAUGGGAAUAAGCCAGAAAAACAUUUUACAUCGGUGGAGAGGGGUCGUGUGAAGCAAGUGUUCAGUUUUCGAUUAUUUUUUUGGAAGGCAAUGGAGAAGCUUAUUGCCCGUGGUAAUUCUGUACAAUCAGCUAUCGAAAAACUAUACGAUGCAUUCGGUAAUGAAUUAUCGGUGUCGAAUCUUAUACGCGAGAUUAAGAAGGAUAAGCAAUUAACGAAGGUUCAAUAA